GCCUAAAAUUCUAAUUGGAUUAAUCGUGAUAAGAGACAAUGUAUAUACAGCUAAAAUGUGUCAGAUUCCAUUUGCUCUUUCCUAUCCUAUUUUUCUUUUUUAUUUCAAAUAAAGAACAGAACUUUCAUUUCAUGGUUCUUAAAUCCUUAACUUUCUUUAUCAUUUUAGACACCAUUUUCAAAAAAAAAAAAUAAAUAACAAUGAGUUUGAAACUUUUAUUGUUGAUUUCAUUACUUCUCCAAUGUGUUACUUCUUCAAUGGUUGAAGUUGAAGAAGCCUAUCUUAAAUGGGUGAAGCAAAUUGGUUCAUUCAACCACUCUUUGUUUCAAAAACCAACUAACAAGUUUGAUCCUUGCUUAACUAUACAAGUGAGUAAAAACCCAAGAUUAUUAGGAGCUUUUACUUCAAUCCAAAAGGCUGUUGAUUCAAUCCCAUUAGUCAAUGAAUGUAGAGUGGUUAUUUCCCUCAGUGCAGGAAUUUACAGAGAAAAAGUUGAGAUUCCUAAGACUAUGGCUUAUAUUACCUUGGAAGGUGAUAGUGUUGAAAAUACCAUUAUUGAAUGGGAUGACACUGCUGAUAGAUUGGGACAAAGUGGAAAGCCUUUGGGUACUUUUGGUUCUGCAACUUUUGCUGUCAAUUCUCCUUAUUUCAUAGCCAAGAAUGUCACCUUCAAGAAUAGAGCGCCGUCGCCACCCUCGGGAGCACUAGGGAAGCAAGCAGUGGCUCUAAGGAUCUCAGCAGACACAGCAGCCUUCAUAAGUUGCAACUUUAUAGGAACACAAGACACUCUUUAUGAUCACAUAGGGAGACAUUACUUUGAGAAUUGUUACAUUGAAGGCUCGGUAGAUUUCAUAUUUGGAAAUGGUCUUUCACUCUAUAGAGAUUGUCAUUUACAUGCCACUUCCAACAAAUGUGGAGCCUUGACUGCCCAAAAGAGAGAAAAUAUGCUUCAAGAGACUGGCUUCUCUUUUGUUAACUCUAAGGUUACUGGAUCAGGUGCACUCUACUUGGGCAGGGCAUGGGGGACUUUCUCUAGGGUUGUCUUUGCUUAUACUUACAUGGACAACAUUAUCAACCCAAGAGGCUGGUAUGAUUGGGGAGACAAAAACAGAGACAUGACUGUAUUUUACGGACAGUACAAAUGUAUGGGGCCAGGUGCUGAGUAUGGUGGUCGUGUAUCAUGGUCAAGGGAGCUAACUCCACAAGAAGCACAACCAUUCAUUACACUUGAUUUUAUCAAUGGCUAUGAAUGGCUUCCAAAUUUGUAAUAGUUGAGUUUGAGAAUCACACUUCAUUUCUAUAACAAAAAUCAUUUAUCA